AUGUGAUGCAUAGCCAACAAACCAGUGGCCUAGAAGGCAGGAACAUGUAGCCAAGCCAGCCAUAACCCCCGGAAAACGAAAAAGCAUUUAGCUACCCAGUAGAUAUAUGUGUGUGUGUGUGUGUGAGAGAGAGAGAGAGAGAGAGAGAGAGAGUAGUUUAGAACAAAUUAAGACUGAUUAAAUAGCUAGAAAGUGUCCUCUAAUCCACCAUUAGCUGUUCGAUUACAGGAGUUUGGUUAAGAUUAACUAUGGUGAUGAGUAGUAUGUCGAUAAUCUCGGCACUUAUUUUCCCACCACCUCCUUCUAUUUUCAUGACAGCAAUGUCAGUGAUUAGCUUCACGUCAUUAGCAAAUGCUGGGAUUUCAGAGAUCAGAGGAAAGCACAUGCAGUAUUCCAAGUUCCGGAAUUUCAAUAAUCCUCAAAAUUUUGCACCAAAACUUGAAAAGCAGCAAGAAGUAGUAACAUUGUCCGGUAGAGCAGGAAUGCUCGUUGCUUAUACUCCCGCCUUCGUCGCUGCUUUCACAUCCUUACUGUUUUUUCCCCAUCAAGAUGUCAGAUCUCUACUGCUCUCUUCAGCUCUAACCCUUCAUUUUCUCAAAAGGAUUCUUGAGGUUCAAUUUAUUCACAAGUAUAGUGGAGGAAUGGGCGUUGAUACAGCAAUUCCAAUCUGUCUGAGUUAUUUGUUGUCGACUGGAAGCAUGAUUUAUGGUCAACACCUAAGCAGCCAAGUGCUAGGGUUUCCAGAGCCGGCAAUUGAUUUGAAGAGCGCCGGCAUCGUCUUGUUUGUAAUAGGAAUUUCUGGCAACUUGUACCAUCACUACCUUCUUUCGAAGAUGAGGUCGAAGCCAGGUGAAGAGAAGGAGUACAAGAUUCCCAAUGGUGGUUUGUUUGAGCUUGUUAUAUGCCCUCACUAUCUCUUUGAAAUCACAACAUUUCUUGGGGUUUCUUUCAUUUCUCAGACUCUCUACGCCUUCUCCUUCACCGCGGGAACCGCCCUCUACUUGGCCGGAAGGAGCUAUGCUACCAGGAAUUGGUAUCGUUCCAAGUUUAAAGAUCAUUUUCCCAAUACUCUUAAGGCUCUCAUUCCAUAUGUUUUCUAAUUAAAUUCAUGAGUAAAUAUUUUUUUGAUGAGUAUUGUUGACGCACAAAAUUGGAUCAAUCUUGGACCAACUUAGAUAUAAUUGCAAAUUCCACAAAUACACAAGAAUACAAUGAUA